GGGUAACAAACAGCAAUAAAGACACAAGAAGAAACGUACACACUUUGGAUUGUUAUAGCUUGAAAGUUUAAACGAUUACAGCAUGUCUACAGAGCUGUACCCUUCAGCAUUCUAUGAUGUUGGGGAUUUUAUUUACAAACAGAGAAAAAAUUUGAUGAAGAAUCAGAUGAACGAGCGACGUGCGACAGUUACUGCAGCCACUCUGCCAGCCACUGUCGUCAAAGCUAGGACCAUGUCGACAAACUCCUUCAUUCCGAUCGGGGGUCAGCCUCCUAUGUCCGUCUCCUCCCAAGGCAGUGAGUCGUGUCUCGUGAACAACCAGGAGUCCCUUCAUCGCAAGUUGGACAGAAGUAUGAGUGAACCGGGUGCUACUUUAAGUUCUACCGCUGCAAGACAAAAUCAAAAUGUGAACUCGAGUCGUUACAAAACGGAACUAUGCCGUCCAUUUGAGGAAAGUGGCCACUGCAAGUACGGUGACAAAUGUCAGUUUGCCCAUGGUGCUCACGAACUCCGAAACUUGAAUCGCCAUCCCAAGUACAAAACAGAACUCUGUCGUACAUUCCACACCAUCGGAUUCUGUCCGUAUGGACCCAGAUGUCAUUUCAUUCACAACGACGAAGAGAGGAACCAGAGUGUCAACAAGAAUCACCCCGCAAUGAUGACCACAUCCACCACAGUUCAGCAAACUUUCCCGUCUCACAUGGACCAAUUAUCUCAGGUUAAACGCCCAACGAAUUUCAGUUCUAGUUUCAAUGGAUCUCUUGGUUCAAGUUCCGAAUCGCUUUCAUCCAGUGCAAGUGACUCUCCGAGCCUUAGUCCCAUUUUCUGGGGCAACGAUGACAUUUUCAGGGAUUUUUCCUCCUCCUCGCAGUAUUCCAGUAGUGGAUCUAGCAGCCCGGUGUUCGAUUAUUCGGCGGAUCCUGCUUCGUCGUUGGCGGCUAGUUUCCUUACUCCUUUAAAUGUUCAAACCGCUGCCACCGCCAAUCAAAAUCUCGCUUCGGAAAUUAACAUUCUUCAGCAGCAGAUCAACGUUAUAAUGAAUCUUUCAAAUCAAUGCAAUAAUAACCCUAACCCUAAUGUGUUCGAUUCAGCAGCACCCACGUGGGAUCUCGCGGCCCCAGCGCCCCACUCCCCUCCCGACAGCAUUUCGGGGGACAGUCUUGGCAGUGCCUCUAGUGGAAGUUGUGGAAGUAUUAACACUUGUGAGUCUCCAUUGGACGUGAGCAAAUCCCUGCGUCUUCCCAUUUUUAACAAACUUUCUCUUGAUGAUUAAAAACUGUUGGAGACGCUUACAACAACUAAAAUUUGCGCACAAGUUUAAACUUCAGAAAUCAAAUUGCCAAAUAGACGUUUGCCGACUCGAAUGCUUGACUUAAGUAAUUGCAGACUUUUUAUUUAUCGUCUUUUUUUCUGUUGAGAGAAUCAAGGGAAGAAACCUUGUUAAACAUUUUUCUGUUGAAUGGUUUUUGUUUGACCUACGAUAGACGAAUCUUGUAUUUUACCAAGAUUUGUACGGAAAGUUUGUGUAUGUUGGUUUAACUUUUUGACAAAGUAGUUAAAAUCGUUGUAAACUAUGCAAAUUCUUGUUUGUCCGAAUGUAAUAUUGAUAAACUCGAUCAAUCUCUGAUCUAUUGAUUUAUGUAAAUGGGAUCCAAACAUUUUUCAUGUACUCGACAUAUUUUAGACAAAAUUCAUUACAAACUUUAUUUUGUGAUUUUACACAGGAAUCCAUUGUGACGUUUGCAUGUCUAAUUUAUUUUCUGCACACUUCUUCAAUUGUGCUACAUACUACGGCAUUUUGCAUUUAUCGAAUCAUCACUCUCCGUUUAACUUAUCAAUUUAUUUAAUUCAACCCUGUAUUUCAGACAUUAAAUUAUUUAUUGAAACAUUUUCACAAGUUAUUUAAGUUCACGUCGUGUGUGUGAGGAGGUAUGUGGACUGAGAGAGGAAAGUUUUAUAUCUACAUUAUAUAUAUAUUGUUUUUUAUUUCGUUAAAUUAUGAAAAGAAAGUCGCCAAAGAUAUGGUUAUAUGUAACUUUUCAUUCAAAUGUUCAUAAAAUCCAUAUUGUGUAUAUUUCAUUGUGUAUUUAUGGCCCAAGCAGGUCUAUUUUUCAUUUGAAUGCCAAUUAAAUUAAUGAAAGCUUUAA